CUUUUGGUCAUGUCUGGACGCGGAAAGCAGGGAGGCAAAGCCCGCGCUAAGGCAAAGUCUCGUUCGUCUCGGGCAGGUCUGCAGUUUCCCGUGGGUCGGGUGCACCGUUUGCUCCGCAAGGGCAACUACUCGGAGCGAGUGGGUGCGGGGGCUCCGGUUUACUUGGCUGCCGUCCUGGAAUACCUGACAGCUGAGAUCCUGGAGCUGGCUGGUAACGCGGCCCGUGACAACAAGAAGACGCGUAUCAUUCCGCGGCAUCUUCAGCUGGCCAUCCGCAACGACGAAGAGCUUAACAAAUUGCUGGGCAAAGUGACCAUCGCUCAGGGCGGCGUACUGCCCAACAUUCAGGCGGUGCUGUUGCCCAAGAAGACCGAGAGUCACCACAAGGCCAAGGGCAAGUGAAAGGGAUCACCUGAGCGGCCACCCCAAGCAAAGGCUCUUUUCAGAGCCACCCAAUUAUUUCAAGCGAAAAAAGCUGUUAAACGCAACGCGGCUGGUGGCAGUUUUCCUCAAGGGGACGUUUCCGAGGGGCUUGGGAUGAAAGGAAGGCCCUGUGAAACCUUGGGUUGGAGUUGUGUGCAGCUAAGGCUACUUGUCUUGGGUUGUGGGGACGGUGUGGACAGAACUUUCAAGAAUUGGGAGAGGUCGGGGUUAUGGCCCAAACGCCACAGACCCACGCCCAAUGCGAGGACACAAGAAGCUGCCCUGAGAACGCGUAGGCGGGGUGGCCUUACUGUAUGUACCGUGUAAACGUCACAUGGGCCCCACGCCGGCCUGCCGGACGUACCUGGGAACACUAACCCCGCCAAGGCACGCCCUUGUUUCAGU